AUGGCAUCGUCACUGAACGGGCUAUCGGCAUUCACCUCAGCACGCGACUGGCAAAGCAUCAGCAGCACGCACCGAGGUGGAGAGCCGCCGCGGCUGACAUGGGAUAUGCUGAAGAAGGCAGUGGGUGAAGAGGACAAGUACCAGAGCAAAAAGAAUUGGUCGUCGACCAAGGGCCGCGGCAACCGCAAGGCGCCAAUAGCACGGCGGCUGGAUGCCGAGGUUUUGAAAAAGUUUGGUGUGUACCCAGAAGGUGCAGUUUCUGUCGCUGGCUGUGUCAACGCACACUACCUGAAGGAGCACCAGGAGCAGAACUGUGCGGUGUCGACGCACAAACGCGAGGAGAAGAAGAAUACAUCAGCCGAGCCUGCAGCACAAGCAAGUGCGGGCGAAAAGAAGCCGGCGAACAAGACCAAGGAUCCCCGUGGGGCAAAGCGGCUGGGGUCAGAGGCGCUGUCAGAGGACGAGGAUGAAGGGCACAAGUCGCCCAAAGUCACCAAGAAAAUGAAGAUGAAGCUGGAGAAGGAGCGGCGGGAAAAGGAGCGGGCGGAGCGCAAGGAGCAGCAACGGCUGGAGCGCGAGCGCAAGAAGCGCGAGAAGGAGGAGAAGAAGGAGCGCGAGCUGGCCAAGCAGCGGCAGCCGCUGGAUCUGGACAAGCAGUGCGGCGUGGUGUCGGAGCCGGGCAGCGCGCCGUGCUCGCGCAGCCUCACGUGCAAGACGCACUCGAUGGCCAUGAAGCGCGCGGUGGCCGGACGGCGCACCUGGCCAAGUCGCGCAGCGCCGCAGCAGCACGCAAUGCGGCGGCUAGGAGCGCAGGCAGCCAAAAGCGGGAAUGCGGUGCGCAGCGCCAUGGCCAUUGCGCUGGGCGGCGAGGCAGGAGCCAUUGAUGAGAGCUUCUUUGACGACUCGGACGAGGAGCGUGGCUCGGACGAGGAGGCCGAGCAGGUUCAUUGA